CAACACUACUAUAUAACAAAUAAUUUGAGAGCUGAAUGGUGCUAGUCCCCGUGACAGGCUGCAGUGUGAGCACCACGCUACAAAGAAACACUAAAGAGUACGGGAAGAAGUUCCUCUUUGACGGGUGCCCGGAUACAUGCUGGAACAGCGACCAGGGUGACAGCCAGUAUGUUGCUGUUAGGUUCGGGGAGACAGUGCACGUCAGAAGAAUCAGGAUACAGUUUCAGGGCGGUUUCGCAGCUAAAGCUUGUCAGGUCAAAGCAGGAGGUGAAGUUCUGGAUACAGUCUACCCGACAGACAGUAACACUAUCCAAGAGUUUGAAGUGAACGUCAGUGGGCCUGAACUUCAGCUCAUUUUCUCGGGGUUUACUGACUUCUACGGGCGGCUUAUCGUUUACUUGAUGGAGUUUCACGAUACUUGACAUCCGGUCAUUGAAAAUUUGUGCUACGUACUAAUGCUAUGGCACGAGGAAUGUUCCUCUGCGAGCUCGACUCUCUGGGAGCUAGAAAAUU